UACAAUCUACACAGUCCUUGCAUUAUAGGGAUUUGAUCAGAUGGUUGUAAGCCCACCCCCUUAAGCUUAACUAGCUGUAUGUGUCAGAAGUUCAUUGGCUAUGGAUGCAAGCAAAAUUGAAAAGAGAAAAAGGAAUAAUAAUAAAUACAAUGAGAAGAUUCUUUGCAUUCUUUUCUUUCAAACUGGAAGAUUGGUAUAAGAAGACGAAAUGCAGAAUUUAGGAGGUAAAAGGGCAUGAGGUUAAUGGUGGAAUAGUAAAAUAACAAUAAUAAUAGUAACAGACUUCAACCCAAUGCUAGUGUAUGCAGAAGGGAUAACAAUGCAAAAUGCAAAAUACUACAUACAUGGGUCAGUCAGAGGCUGUUCAGCUGAGGGGGAAAAAAUCCACACUGUUUUCUGCAUUUUAUUGUUUGGAACCAUUCGAGAUAUUACUACAAAGGAGAAAAAGAGAGAGUGAAAAAUGGAAAAGACCUGACAACUCCUUUCCUUAUGAUUUUAUUUUUCUAACUUGGCUCCAUCCUCACUUUAAAGGAUGCCCCUGCCCUCUCUUUCCUCACCAAGCUCACCUUCCCAUAAGCUGAGCAUCUCCGAGAGAGAGAGAGAAAGAGAGAGAGAGAUUGUUGACAGUUCACAAGAUGGCCACAAGCCAAGCUUCAUGUAACCAUGCAGAUGAAGACUAUAUUGAUAUGGAGGUAAGCUCAUCCUCCAACUUCUUGUGUUACUCUAUAAGCUCUCCGCCACAAAGCAGAGAGUUUGAGUUCCAAAUGUGUUCAGUUUCUCGAGAUGGAGAAACCUCGACUUCCCCUGCUGAUGAGCUCUUCUACAAGGGAAAGCUCCUUCCCCUCCACCUCCCUCCUCGCUUGCAAAUGGUUCAGAAACUACUACAAAGUUCUAACAGUACAUUUGAGACCAAAACUGAGGCACCCUUUGAAGAAAAUUCUGCUGUUUCUUUCAUAACAGGCUCUGCUACUCUCUCAACUAAUACAAGUACCCCAUUGGAAUCCUGCAGCAUCUCCCCGUCGGAAUCCUGCAGGGUGAGUAGUGAACUAAACCCGGACGACUAUUUCUUUGAAUGGUCAACUGAACUGAAUGGCUUCAUUGGCAAUGAUUCGAAGAAGUCUUGGUCUAGAAAGCUCAAGCAGUCCUCAAUAAGCCAAAAGCUCAAGGCAUCGCGGGUGUAUCUUAAGUCCUUGUUUAGUAAGUCUGCCUGUUCAGAUGAGUCUUGUGCCAAAGCAGCAUGCAAUGCAGAAGCAGAAAAUGUUUCAAAGAGCAAAGAUCGUUUGAACAAGUACACGAAAAUGGCAAAGAAGAACCCAUUUGGAAAGAUUGACAAUGACAGAUUCAAAAUAUCAAGUAUUAUCAUGAAAAGCAUCGACAAAGAGUUUGCUGAGGAGGCUGCAAAUAGCCAUAGGAGGUCUUUUUCAGGGGCUAUUCAACGGCAUUCUGCAAUAAAGUCUUCAUCUACAUCAACAUCUUCAUCUGGUUCUUCUUCUUCUUCUUCAUCUUUUUCAUUCAGUUCAAGCGGAUUCUGUGAUUUACAGUUGCUGAAAAGGAGCAACAGCGCCAAUUCAGAGAUUGAAAGUUCAAUUGAGGGAGCAAUUGCUCACUGCAAGCAGUCUCAGCAGCCACCUAGUUCAAGAAAGACUGCAAGUGAACUUGGGGUUUGUUCACUUUCUGUUUCAAAGAUUGCAGUUAGUGGGGACCAAGAAAGACCAGGACUUUGCAGCAUAUGAAUAUGAAAAUACUUUGGAAAGGACUGAAAAUCCACCAUAAGAAGCAGAAAGACAAUUGAAGUUGAUUGAGAUGGUAUUAAGUUCCUGUUACAUUCUUCAAAGUAAGUGGCAUUUUAAUGCAGUGUGAUAUUCAGAUACUUUGCAUGAUUUCCCAGCACUGCUUGACAAGACCAAACUUGUGAAUGUUCCUGUAAUACUUGUCUAUGGAAGAACAUAUUGAAGCCCAUUAUUGUUCAAAUAAUAGAAGGAAAAAAUGACUAGAGAUUCUUCCAUGGAAGUUUAUCAUUCAAAAUCAAUAGUCCAGCCCCACUUCAUAGCUUCCUUUUUGUACUUGCUCAAGAUAUUGCAUGAUUAGAAUUAGUUGAAUCCAGUAUCUGGUUGCUUGAUUUUUC